GUUUUCGCAGCUGCUUCCUCUCGGCCAGCGCCACAGACAGCUUCCCCAACUUUGUGUCCCGUCCCAGCUCAGGGUUCCCCAGCCGGGGCAUGUCCCGCCAUGUUCGACCUGAAGGCCGGCUGGAACCUGUCCUUUGCCGGGUGCGGCUUCUUGGGGAUCUACCACAUCGGAGUGGCCAGCUGCCUGCUGGAGAAAGCCCCGUACCUUGUGAAAGGAGCCACCCGGCUGUACGGGGCCUCUGCCGGGGCGCUCACCGCCUCAGUUCUCGCAAGCCAAGCAUGCAUAGCAAAAUGCUGUGAGGACGUCAUUGAGGUGGCAAAGGAAGCUAGGAAGAGAAACCUGGGUCCACUCCACCCAACCUUCAACCUGGUGAAAGUUCUGAGGUCCGGCCUGAACCGGGACCUGCCCUCUGAUGCUCACAUCCUGGCCUCUGGCAGGCUCUGUGUCUCCCUGACCAGAGUAUCAGACGGAGAGAACGUGCUGGUGUCAGAGUUCGGUUCCAAAGAGGAGCUCAUCCAGGCUCUGGUCUGCAGCUGUUUCAUCCCCAUCUACUGUGGACUGAUUCCUCCAUCCUUCAGAGGAGUGCGGUAUGUGGACGGUGGAAUCAGUGAUAACCUGCCUCAGUCAGAGCUGAAGAACACCAUCACCAUCUCGCCAUUCUCUGGUGAAAGCGACAUCUGCCCUCGGGAUAACUCCACCAGCUUCCAUGAGCUCCGCUUCACCAACACCAGCAUCCAGAUGAACAUGGGGAACCUGUACCGCCUCAGCAGAGCUCUGUUUCCCCCAGAACCCAAGGUCCUGGCUGACAUGUGUCAGAGCGGCUAUAAGGACGCUUUGCGCUUCCUUCAGGAGAACAACUUGCUGAUGUUGGAUUGCCCCAGCCACAGCCUGCCAGACAGCUCCGGAAUCGAUCCCGGCUUCGGCCCCGGCCCCGGCUCCAGCAGCUGCUGCUCCAAGCCUGCUGAGAGCACCAAGGAGUGGGUGCUGCGUAGACUCCGCCUGCUGCACAACAAGCACUGGUGGCUGGAUGAACACAUUGUUCUGCCCACCCACAUAAAGAAAGUGUUCUGUGAGGCCUGCCAAGACAAAUCGGGUCUUUAUGCCAGAGUGUCUGGCAUGCUGCCACUGAGAGUUGCUUCCUACAUGCUGAUGCCAUACACACUUCCGGUCCAGUCUGCAUAUUCUGUGGCCCAGAGGUUUGUGGAGUGGAUCCCAGAGGUGCCUGCUGACGUGCGCUGGCUGUUUGGGGUGGCAGGUGACGUGUACAGACAGGCCUGGAAAACCAACGCAGCUGCUGCCAAUAGUGAGCGCUGCCUGAGGAAGUGCUUGAGCGUCCCGCCGCUCCCUUCAGAGCCUGAAAGUCCCACACAGACCAUCGUUCCUGCUCUUUCUUCCUUUGACCUUCACAGCAACUACUGGGACAUCCCAUCGUCUACCUCCUCCUCUCUCACUUCCCAGCCCUCCCCACAGCAAGUCUGCUUCUUUGUUGGCUCACAGGAUGAGGCUCAGAGCCCGGAACGGCCGUGAAAACCUGGACUUUGACUGGACUACAUUCUGCUCCCUCUGGGUGGAGGAAAGGUGGGGUGAGCCUCAUGAGCAAAGAUGUACUUCAAGGCAGAGGAAUGUAACUCUACCUGUUAGCUGUAAAUUUGCACAUAUGUAUUUAUUCUAAAGCAUUUAUCUCGAUUCAGAUUUUAUUUUUCUGUCCAUUAACUGAUCUCUCUCUAUGUCAACACAUUGGAGUUUCACUGUGAGGGGUCUUCAGCAAGUGCCUUUAGAAGUCUUUCAUGUAAAUUUUGAGGUGAUGGAAAG